AUGGUAAUAGAAAAUCAAAUACCAAAAACCGAAAUGGUUUAUGAAUUAAAGGAUAAAUAUGAAGUUCCUUCUUUUGAGGAGUUUAUGAAAACUUAUGAGAAUGAUGGUAAUUUAAAUUUUGAGGAUUUAAGUGAUUGUGAUAUUGGAACACAGAAAGGUUAUGGACCUUGUUAUGUUUGUAGUAAGACAGAACAUCAUCGAGGAGACCCUAGGUCAAUAAAUCGUAGAGCAUACAAUAAAGCUAUGAGUAUGGCACUUGGUAUGGAUGAUUGUAGUCAAGUAGUGACUGAUUUAGCCACAAAUAAUAAAUAUGGAUAUAAAAAACAACAAAUACACGAGACUUUAACUUUAACUGCUCAUGAUAGAAAACUGGCUCAUGAUGUUUUUUUAAUAAAACAAGUUAGAGAUAAUCUUACUAUCAAAAGGACUGAUAUUUAUCGAAAUCAUAAAAAAUUAGAGGAAACACUUUCAACCCAUGCUACUGGGAUUGAUGCUAAUAAUUGCCCUGAAAAAUUAAAACAUUAUUUAUUUGGAGUUAAUGAAAUAUUAGAAGGUCGUGGAGGGAAAAUUUUGAAAGAUGCAGAAAAUAGGGAAAGAGAUGUUGAAAUGGAUUCUCCUGAAUAUUUGGAACAAAUGAGUAGGUUGUUCACUAAUGCUCACUCUUCAAUGCGAAAUGAAAGAGAAGUUGGAAAAAGUUUGGAAGGCAAAACUCAUACACAGAUAAACAUUGAAAGUAAGUUUGGUGGUGGAAAUGCUGAGCAGGGUGAACAAGUUUUUAAUCAGAUUUCCAGUGCGGUUACUAGGAGUCAUAAUUCUUUCCGCUUUUAUCCACAAAAAGAACAACAAUCAGCAAGUAUUCAUCCAACUGACCUUAAUGAAGUAGUUCAAGAAGUCAAAGCUACCCCUCAAAAUUGA